CGCUAAUCAUUACAUUCAUCUUCAUUUCGAGUGCAGAUAGUGUUAUAAAAUACAGCUCGAAGGAACAGAUCAACCGUUUGUAACAAUUUGUCCCUAAUUUGUACACACUAUUAUUAAAAUGUUAUUGCAAUAUAAAUACGAUUAUAUAUUAAGUUAUGUAAAAGACUGUGAAAAACAUCAUGACCUAGCAAUGAUAUCUCGAGCCUACGUCAAGGACCAAUUGCCACUGUACUUUGACCCCUGACUUGAUCAACCAGAUUUAAAACUAUUAUUUCGUCGAUACACUUGUUGGUAGACUUCCAGUCUCAUAUACAAUAAUCAUGUCGGAUACCGUUAGCCCUAUUAAAUAUUUCUUAAGCGGUGGAUUUGGUGGAGUAUGUACCGUGAUAGCCGGUCACCCUCUGGAUACCAUAAAGGUACGGCUCCAGACGAUGCCAGUUCCAGGACCCAAUGCAUUGCCUCUCUACACUGGUACAUGGGACUGUGCUAAGAAAACAAUCACCAAAGAAGGAAUACGUGGUUUAUAUAAGGGCAUGGGUGCACCAUUAUCCGGUGUUGCUCCUAUAUUUGCAAUAAGUUUCUUUGGCUACAGCGUCGGGAAGAAGCUACAACAGAGAGUCCCAGAUGAGAAACUCACUCCAUUACAAUUAUUUUACGCUGGUGCAUUUAGCGGCAUAUUCACGACUAUUAUAAUGGCACCUGGUGAACGUAUUAAAUGUCUGUUGCAAAUACAGCAUGCAGAUGCGAAGCCAAAGUAUAGUGGACCAUUGGAUUGCGCUAAACAAUUGUAUCGAGAAGGGGGCAUCAGAAGUAUCUAUAAAGGCACCUGCGCUACAUUGUUAAGAGAUAUUCCAGCCAGCGGAAUGUAUUUUUUAACAUACGAAUAUAUAAAGGAGCGAUUUACUCCAGAGGAUGGGAAACUUAGCUUACUGGCCACCAUAACGGCUGGCGGUUUUGCAGGCAUUGCGAACUGGUUGGUGGGAAUGCCACCUGAUAUCCUGAAAAGUCGCCUACAGACUGCACCAGAAGGUACGUACAAACAAGGAAUACGCGAGGUAUUUGUUAAAUUGAUGAAAAACGAGGGACCAAUGGCGCUUUACAAGGGUGUCGUACCCGUUAUGCUACGAGCUUUCCCUGCAAAUGCGGCGUGUUUUAUGGGCUUCGAAAUUUGCAUGAAAUUCUUGAAUUGGAUCGCGCCAAAUUUAUAAUUUUGAAUCGAACAAUGUAAUAUAGAAUUUUUGAAAAAUAUUCUAGAGAUCUGUUGCUCUCCUUAUACUACAAUUCAUACUCGAUAGGUGCAAAGCAAUUAAUUUUACCGCGACAGAAAUAAAUCAUAUACAAUAAAAUAAAAAUUUAGAUAAGACUAAUGAGAGUCAUACGCUGAUGUAAAAGCGAAGAGAUAGGAGAAGCAGAUAAUAUUCAGGUGUUCAUGGUUAUCUUCAUUUAUUUCAUUUCGAAAUAAAUGAAGAUAAUCAUCAACACCUGUGUUUAAAUUAUAUACAUCUAUUCUUGCCCCUAGCAGCUUUAUAUAUAUGUACAUAUCGAGAAUAUAUGUCUAAAAAUGAUGAUAUACAUAAAGUAUUGGAACAAUUUUGACUUUAAUUUUGCCAUAUGUGUACGUAAGAAACAAAUGAAAGUAUAACAUCAGGGUAUAAUAUACAUUUGUGUAUUCGUUUUGUAAAGCGUUUCAAAUAUAUAUUCAAUGUUGCAAACAUAUCAUAUAUCGUAAUACUAAUAAUUCUUAAGUAUGUAUUGAAAGACUGCUCAA